AUGGUUUCCAUUUACCAGUUGUCAAUCUUUCUGGUUUUUGCUGGACUUGCCAGCGCUGUACCUCAUUCCAAGCUUCAAAAGCGUGAUGCACUGCCUGACUACGCUAUCACCUACGCGCCAUUAUCAUACCUGUACAGUGGGGAAAAAUGGUUCCCUUCCGAUAUCAAAACUCAUCUUGAGAACGUUCAACCUGAAGUUAACUAUGUGGCUAGCGGAGGUAGUGGCUCUGUUACACUCGACACGCUUAGUACAUACGCUUCCGAUGUUUACUUGACAGCAUCGGACGGCCCCAUCUUGAAUCCUCUGAAUAGCACUCCUGCCUGGGCCCUUUCAGACUACGGUAUUCCCGACAGUACUGGGCUCAGCACAGCCCCAGGUACUAUCAUUGCCGUCGAAAAGAACAGCACGACUACAGAUGUCUUUUACUUUUACUUCUAUUCUUACAACUAUGGUGGGACUGUUUUAGGCGUCAAUACUGACGACCAUGUUGGUGAUUGGGAGCACGUAAUGAUUCGCUUUGUAAAUGGAGAACCUUACGCCAUUUACUGCUCGGAGCACAGCGCUGGCUCUGCUUACUACUGGGACGUUGUCACUUUUGACGGCGACCGUCCCAUCACAUAUGUCGCUUACGGUGGGCAUGCCAACUAUGUGACCGCCGGCUCACAGGAGUAUACUAUUGCUUUGGGCUUGAUUACCGACCACACCGAUGCUGGAUAUCUUUGGGACAUGACUCUGAAUUACCGUGGCUACUGGUACGAUGUUGACACUGCGGAAUUCAGUGUUGCAUCAGGCGCCGGCAUAGGUGCUUCCGAAGAGGCCGAUGAGACGGCCACGUGGCUUAGCUGGGAAGGGCAAUGGGGUGACGAGCAGUACCCGGACGACGUUCUUGAUGACCUGGAAACUGGUCAAUGGUGUAUUUCUACGGAGUGCCAUUACACCAGCGGACCUACCGGCCCCGUGGCUAAGAAUUUGGAGCGAACGACUGUGUGUGAGAACGAUGAUAGCUGUACGAUCUUCGACAACAUCAAUGAUCUAACAUCACAAUCAUAG